AUGCCUACUGUUAUUAUAUUAGACACAUCCCUGUCCAUGUGCAGGCCAGUACAAAUGGCAGAUGUUUCUGAACCAUAUCAGUUCCGUAAUCUUGCAGUUCAUGGUCUAACAUCCUUAUUAGAUUAUAUGAACAUCAACUGUAAACUGGAGUUUGUUGCAUUUAUGACAUUUAGCUCAUAUCGAGAGACUAUUGUACCAUUUACUAGAGAUUUUGAUAAUAUAAAAGGAACUCUCAUUCAGCUGGAAUAUUAUGACAGGGCCCGGAUUAAAAAGGCAUUAGAAGGUGUUCAAAGUCUAAUAAUGGAAGAAUGGGGUGCAGGAGUACCAUGUCAGGUUAUUCUUGUAACUGAUGGAUUGCUGGGUCCAGAAAUUGAUUCCUUAAAAGCUGAUAUUGAAAAUUAUUUUACUGCUACAGAGAAAGGAAUGGAUGACAACAGUUUCCCUUUACCAUUUCCCUUUCCAUGUAAAUUACAUGUUACUUGUAUUGCAAACUCAUCUGAUCCUUGUCUUCAAGCUGCUCUUCCUACAUAUCAAAAAUUAAUAGACAUAAAUGGCAAUGGAGGGCAGGUGUUUAUUCCAGAUGGACUGCUAAGCUUUAAAAGUGUGCAAGGAAUAUUCAUGAAAUUAGCUGAUCUGUAUUAUAAGCCAUUUCAUGGUGUCCUUCACUGUGGCAAUCUUACAUCAAAUGUUUCAUUAUCACCACCUCCAGAACCAUUUUGCAAACAUAGGGAUUUUGAUAUAGUAAAAGCAGAGAUGUCAACUGAUAUUGUUAUAUGUGGUUUCAUCAGUAUAACUGAUGUUGCAAGUCCACCAUCACAUUCAAGACAUUUGGUUUUACCCUUGCAAAGUUGUAAAGAAGAAACAAAACCUCCUGUUAUAAAAUUAGAAAACUGUGAAAAUACUGAUGAUGAAUCUGCGAAUGAAGAUGGAAAGCAACCAUCAUUUUGUGUUCUUUUACAUGGAAGUUUAAAGGUAGAAGGAAUGGUUGCUAUAUGUCAUCUUGGAGGAGAUUGGUAUGGCAUGCUGUAUUCAUGGGCUGAUAGCAAGAAAAAAUCAAAUCUUAUGCUUUCUGCCUUUGAACCUGGUAAUGAGGUUAUUCCUUGGCUUGGAAGUUUUGGAAACUUAGGCCCUGUAGAAACAUUCACUAGACUUCCUAGCUCAGAAGUUCCUACUUUACCCAUUAAACCAUCAGAAAAGAGAAGUUAUGCUCAGAAUUGUGUUGUUUGGAUCAAACAGUCUGGUCUUCAAGCUGAUAUUCAAAAAAUUCUGAGACAUGCUAGGAAACUACCAGAGAAAACUCAAAACUUUUAUAAGGAGCUAAACAGACUUCGAAGAGCUGCUUUGUCUUUUGGAUUCUAUGAACUUCUUGAUGGUAUGGCUACUAUAUUAGAUCGCGAAUGUACUUUGUUACCAGGAUCUGCACAUCCAGAUGCUGCACUUCAAUUGACUCAUUGUGCAAAUGCUUUAAGAAAUGGUAGUGAUGAUUAUAAUACCCCUCUUGUACCUUUAAGGACUAAGUUAUCUUCAGAUGACUGAAAGAUUUAAAUUAUAUUCAGAUGAUCUUAAAGGACUGGUAUAUCAUCUAAAUGGUGAAGAAUGAUUUUAACCUAACUGAAAAAACUAAAAUGUGAUCAGAGGAAAAAAAGAACCGAAUUCCUUUUUAAUGAUGCACAACACAAUGAUCAUACUGUGUGUACAUAUUACAUUGUGUUUGUUGCAUUAUGAAUUUACCUAACUGGAAUGAAAAUAAAUGUAUACUUUGUAGAAAUUGUGAAGUCAACAAGUUUCUCCAUUUUGUAAAUAUAUGUAUCAGAUUUUUAUCAUGCAAUAAUAAUAAUCAUGACUUGUGACUAGCUCAGAGAGCAAUUUUCUGUUUAGGCUAGCCUGUAUCCUUUUGAUAUAUUUCUGUAACAUUCAUUACGAAAAGCAUUAUUUACAAAAGAACUGCUAUUUAGUUGAUGCAAAGUAAAUUUAUUUAUUGUGUAAUAGUUUUUAAAAAUUUUCAUUAAAGUAUUAUUAUUCUGUAAUUGUACCAUAAAAUUAUAGAACAUUAAUGUAUUUCAGUUGAAAUAUUUCAUGAUAACUAACAUACAGAUAAAGAAAAAUUAACAUAAUGGUAGUAUGGCAGUGUCUCAUUUAUAAACUGGAAGUAGUGAUUCAUUGAAUAAAAAUGAUUUCUAUGAAGAA